ACUUUGCACCCGGGGAAAAAGUCUCUAGCAGCGCCAUCACGAUCCUUUCCCUCGUCGCGAACGAGGGCCGCUAUUUCAACGUCGCUUCUCAGCGAUAUCUCCACCUUUUCUCCCGAUAAUCAAUUUGUCUACAUCACCCAUAAUUCUUCAAAAUGGCGCACAAAUUCGUGGUUACAGCCUUCCUAACAGGCUCCCGAAUCCUUGGUCGAUCAUUUGUCGCAGCUUACAAGCAGGCUCAGGCUGCCUCAGCGUACCAGCGAGCGCAAGCCAAGGCCGGCAACACAUCCGCUGGUGCCUCUCUCUCCUCUGGCAUGACUCUCGAUGAGGCAUGCAAGAUUCUCAACGUCAAGCCCCCGGCUGGUGGACAAGCCAAUGUCGAGGAGGUUCUCUCGCGUUACAAGCGACUGUUUGACGCCAACGAUCCUCAAAAGGGUGGCAGUUUCUAUCUCCAGAGCAAGAUCGUAAGAGCAAAGGAGCGAUUCGAGCGAGAGAUCGGUCCUAUACGGGAAAAGAUGGAGCAGGAGGCUGAAAUCAAAGAGGGUUUCAAGCCCAAGGUCUACAAGGACUGACGACUCUCCUUGAGGAAAUAAAAACGAAAAAGCGACACUUGUACGAUGACCUCGUAAAGGAGUUCAGAGGGACGGGAGGGAGGAGUUUACUUUCUCCAUGUAUACAAUGUACAUCUUCACUCGACUGCGGCAUGGCACGGCGUUUAUUGGGUUAUCGGUGGCGUGAUGAGCCGCUCGAGGUUGGUUGGUUCUUAGACGACAGAAAAAAGAGACAGACGACCUAUGCUAUCUUAUGUUUAAUACAACUGUACGAUAUCAACGGAGUACUCUUGAGUUGGAUGUGAGUAGAAAUGAGGCCAGGAGCUGGCGUGAGUUGUGGCUGUAUAUUUCGGCAACAAAUGUUUCGCCAAGGACAAUGUAGUGUUUCUUGGGACGACAUUGUAGUACUCCUGAGACAAACACACCUCACUGGGUACUGAUCUAUUAUAGCCACAAAGCUAUUCACACUGCCGGGUUCUUCUAGGCUUAUAAUUCCUCUCUAGGUUUUAUACGUGAUGUAAUAAGUCUAAAUCAUGAAAAGGAGCAA